GCCAAAAGUUAGUUCUAAUCCUUUGACCUUAAAUACGCCGAAUGACGUAAAUUUACUUGCUCUGUCCACUGUUGAAGUAAUAAAAGUACCAGAGAAAGAAAAAGAAGUAAUGCAAGAUCAGAACACAAAAUCUCUUGAUCAGUAUAAUGCACCUUCAUUUAAAUCGCCCACAUCAUGGUAUACUUCAGACACAAUUAAUGAGUACAUUAAAAUGAUAGUAAAACGGUCAGAAGGUGAAGUUUAUGCAGUUGUCACUGAUUUUAUUGUAGCGUAUCUUCGAGGAGGUUAUCCAGCUGUAAGAAGAUGGAUAAAAAAAGAUAUUCACACAAUAAAAUUACUUUUUGUGCCCAUGAAUGUAUAUGGGAGUCAUUGGAUAUUGACAGUGGUUAAUAUACCUGAAAAGACUGUGACAUCAUAUGAUAGUCUUAAGUCGUAUAAGGGUCCUUAUCCAAUGGUAUUAAAAAAUUUCUUAAUUGAAUGGGAGAUGGACAAAAAAGGAAAAGCUUCUACAUGGACAUUACAAAUAGGCGAGACAUCUCGCCAAACCAAUGGACAUGAUUGUGGGCCAUUUACUGUUGAGCUGGCAGAAAAAAUGUCUCGAGGAGAUACAACACCAAUAAAUGCAAAUUUUAUGCCUUUUAUAAGAUUAAGACACAAAAAUGAAAUUAUUGCUGGCGAGCUAUUCUAUUAAUAUUUUUAUGAAUGAAAUUUUAUUUUUGUAUUUUAUAUCAAUUUUCUUAAUAUUCAUUAUAAAUUGAAAUUUUUAUUUGUAUACCACUAAACAUUUUUUUUACUUUUUCUAUGUUUAAUUGUUGUUUUGUUAUUUUAUUUUAAUCUUAUUUUUCUUUGU